AGACAGAUAUUCAAAGAACAUGGUGCUGUCAAGAAGCCCAGUCCUUCACCACUCAUUGGACGCACUCGUACCAUUACACGGGCACUCUUGAAAGUCAUUCAAGACCUUUUUGCGGAGGAGUCGAACCUGUAUCUCGAUGAAGUAUGCAUAUGGCUUGCAUUUGUGCAC